CCGGCUGACUCUGCGCUCGCUGACAGUUCAUCCGCGCACUGCCUUGAUAUUCAUGGAGGUUCGCUCAAUCGAUGAAGUACGGCGGCUCGUAUAUAAGGUGUGAGGGGUGAGCUCAUGAGCGCUCUGGAUUACCCCUCGUUCUAACUUCUCUCUCACCAUUUAUCUUUAUCGCGAGGGAGAGGCCAACGAUCCAACAAGUCCCAGUUGUUCCGUCAGUCAUGGCCCCCAGCGCAACUUACAUCAACGGGCACCAAGAGUCCGUCCUGCGCUCUCACAAAUGGCGCACCGCAGAGAAUUCCGCGGCGUACCUCCUCCCGCACAUCAAGCCGGGGAUGCGUAUCCUGGACGUCGGGUGCGGCCCAGGGACCAUCAGCGUUGACUUCGCCCAGCGCGUCCCACAGGGGCACGUCAUCGGCCUCGAGUACAGCCCGGAGGUCCUCGUCGACGCACGCACGACUGCCGCAGCGCACGGCGUCUCCAAUAUCGAGUUCGUCGUCGGCGACAUCCACGCGCUCGACUUCCCCGACGGGACGUUCGACAUCGUGCACGCGCACCAGGUGCUCCAGCACAUCAGCGACCCCGUCGGCGCCCUGCGCGAGAUGAAGCGCGUCGCGAAGCCCGGCGGCUUCGUCGCCACGCGCGAGGGUGACUUCAGCACCAUGACGUGGUUCCCCGAGAACGAUGCGCUCGUCGAGUGGCGCGAGCUGCACAUGCGCGUUGGGCGCGCGCUCGGCGGCGAGCCCAACGCGGGCCGCAGGCUCGUGUCGUGGGCCAUCCAGGCUGGUUUCGCGCGCAAGGACAUCACGGCUACGUCUACCAGCUAUUGCUAUAGCGAGCCGGAGGACAGGGCGUGGUGGAGUGUUAUGUGGCAGGAUCGUAUCCUCGGAUCGUCCUUUCCCCAGCGCGCCCUUGACGGCGGGCACGCUACUCAAGCGGACUUGGAGAGGCUGGCUCAGGCCUGGCGCAAGUGGGGCGAGCAGGAGGACGGUUGGUUUGCAUUCCUGCACGGCGAGGUGUUGUGCCGUGUGUAAUUUCCGUCCAAACAUCGCUUGAGUGUCCUCGACGACAUCGAGAGACUCGAGACACGCGUAUGUCUGCAGCGGGAUUCAAUUGUCCGUGAGGCUUUCAUGACUCAAAGCAGGCAUAACCGAGGCGGAGGAGCCCGCGGUUGCUCAGUCGAAUUCAAUUGGCCAUUUGCUGAUUGGCAACGCAAUCGACGGAUCAAGGAUGCCCCGAGCCACGCCCAAUCAGCGUGUGGUCUAGGCUCUCUUGUGCAGUUCAACACUGCCAGCGACGAUGCAGUUCAACAUUGUUCGUCGAAUAAUAGUUCAACGCUGCCUCCCCCGAGCCUGCUGUCUGUAGUAGUACGCCGCGCUACUGUUGGU